AUGAAGCUCUCGCUGCUCGCCGUGCUGGCGCUCCCUCUCGCUCUUGCGGCGCCCAACAAGCGCGCCUCGUCGUUUGUCUGGUUCGGCUCGAACGAGUCCGGCGCAGAAUUCGGCCAGGGCAACAUCCCCGGUGUCCUGGGCAAGGACUACAUCUGGCCCGAUGCAUCGGCCAUCGCCACGCUGCACAGCGCGGGCAUGAACAUCUUCCGCGUGGCGUUCAUGAUGGAGCGGCUGGUGCCGAGUACGAUGACGGGGGCGGCGGAUGCGACGUACAUGGGUGAUCUGAAGGCUGUAAGUCGCGUGGAGCUGGUGUACCUCGAUGUGCUGGCUAACCCCGCCCAGACGGUCAAGGGCGAUCACCGAUAUGGCUACGGCAAUAUCAUCUCGUCAACGAGCGACUUUGCCGCCUUCUGGACCACGGUAGCGAAGGAGUUCGCGUCCAACGACAAGGUCAUCUUCGACACCAACAACGAAUACCACGACAUGGACCAGACGCUGGUGCUAAACCUCAACCAAGCUGCCAUCAACGCGAUCCGCGGCGCUGGCGCGACCAGCCAGUACAUCUUCGUGGAGGGCAACUCGUACUCGGGCGCCUGGACCUGGGCGACGGUCAACGACAACCUGAAGGCGCUGACGGACCCGUCAGACAAGAUCGUCUACGAGAUGCACCAGUACCUCGACUCGGACGGGUCAGGCACGUCGGAGACAUGCGUCAGCGGGACGAUCGGCCAGGAGCGCGUGGCGGCGGCGACGACGUGGCUCAAGAACAACGGCAAGAAGGGCUUCCUGGGCGAGUUUGCGGGCGGCGCGAACAGCGUGUGCGCGACGGCCGUGAAGGGGAUGCUGGACGCGCUGGCGCAGAACGCGGACGUGUGGAUGGGGGCGUCGUGGUGGGCGGCUGGGCCGUGGUGGGGGACGUACAUGUUUAACAUGGAGCCGCCGAGUGGGACGGGGUAUACGAACUAUCUGUCGGUGUUGAAGCCGUACUUUGUGGGGGGUUCGGGGGGUACCACUACGACGACGACGACGACGACGACGACGAAGACGACCUCGACUGCGACGACCACCACUACCAAGGCUACUACCACCACCACGACUACGGCAUCAAGCACGGCGACGGCGGGGGCGCAGCACUGGGGUCAGUGUGGUGGGAAUGGGUGGACGGGGCCGACGACGUGUGUGAGCCCGUAUACGUGCCAGAAGCAGAACGACUGGUACUCGCAGUGUCUGUAG